AUGUCGGUGUACACAUCCGGUUUGCCACGCUUCCGUUCCUUGCUUUCUACUGUCACUCCUUUCCGUGUAGCCCGCUCCGCCACUUUUGUUUCAACUCGCUCCCUCAAGCGCGACAUCAGCUGCGCACACAAGUCCAAUCUCAUCAUGGCAGCAGCACAGUCCGAGGCGUCUUCAUCUGCCGCUGCAGCAGCAUCAUCCGCAGCAGCGCCUGCUGCCAGGAUCUCGCAGCCGGAGUGGCAGAUCCCUACAAAGCUGGUUCCUGAACCCGAGCUCAAGAUGUACAACUCGCUCACCCGAACAAAGACACCAUUCGUACCCAAGAAAGGUCGUACCGUCACCUGGUACAAUUGUGGUCCCACCGUCUACGAUGCCAGUCAUAUGGGUCACGCCCGCAACUACGUCACACAGGAUAUCAUCCGUCGCAUCCUUCGAGACUAUCUCGGAUACGACGUCCAUUUCGUCAUGAACAUCACCGACGUGGACGACAAGAUCAUCAUCAAGGCUCGCCACUCGUAUCUCAUCAAGCAAUUCCGCUCGCAGCAUCCACAACUCACCAAGCCACUCCUCGCCCUAAUCCAGGACGCUUGGUCCGCCUACUUUGCCAAGAACCUUGAGCGCUUCGCUCCUCCCGUUCCACCACAAGAGCAAGACGGCGGACUCGUUGAAGCGGCGAACAAGGCGCGAGCCGGAGAGGCAGGCUUCGAAGAGAUCGCCCGACUCAGACAGGAUGCCCUUUGGCUCAAGGCCGCCUCCGACAAGGAGCCUAAAUUCGGCAUGUGGUUUGCCGCUCUUGAAAAGUCGCGCAUGGCUCAGGUCGCCGCCGCCAUGUCUCUCGCUGCAGCAGACACCUCCAGCCAAGCUGCUUCCGACCUCAUCGAUGCAUCCGAAGACGUCCUCGCCGCUUUCCUCGACAAGCAGUUCGGCAGCACCGUCACCGACCCGAGCGUCUUCCGCGACACCGCUGCUUACUGGGAGGCCGAAUACUUUAACGACAUGAAACGCCUCCACGUCGAACCCCCCACCACGCUCACCCGCGUCAGCGAGUACGUCCCCGAGAUCGUCACCUUUGUUCAGCAAAUCAUCGACCGUGGCUACGCCUACGCCGAAGGUGUCGAUCAGGACAAGAAGAAUGUCUGGUUCGACACGCGCGCCUUCGACGGCGCAAAGAGUCACGACGGCAGCUUCGAGCACUCCUAUGCCAAAUUGCAGCCGUGGUCCAAGGGAAACCGCGAGCUGCUCGAGGAAGGCGAGGGCUCCUUGUCCACUUCGACCGCUGCCACCGCCGGCAAGCGUGCCGCUUCCGACUUUGCGCUCUGGAAGUCGUCCAAGCCCGGCGAGCCAGCCUGGCCAUCGCCGUGGGGUCCCGGUCGUCCCGGAUGGCACAUCGAAUGCUCCGUCAUGGGCUCCGCCGUGCUUGGUGAGACCAUGGACAUCCACUCGGGCGGCACCGACUUGAUGUUCCCGCACCACGACAACGAAAUCGCUCAAUCCGAAGCACACCACGGCUGCCGUCAGUGGGUCAACUACUUUCUCCACACCGGACACCUUCACAUCGAAGGGCUCAAAAUGUCCAAGUCGCUCAAGAACUUUAUCUCGAUCGACGAGGCCCUCGAGCGCUUCACCGCGCGUCAGCUUCGCAUGUCGUUCCUCCUCCAACCCUGGGCCGGACGCAUGGACUUCAAGCAGUCCGCUCUCGGCGAGGUCAAGAAUGCCGAGUCGGCCUUCAACAACUUUUUCGUCGGUGUCAAGGCCAAAGUGGCUCAAGCGAAAGCGCUGGGCGAUGCCUAUUCGGAUGGCCAGCAUCACUACGGCGCUGCUGAACGGUCGCUCAUGGAAAGCCUGGAGCAGUCGCAGCACGCGUUCCGCCUCGCCAUGUGCGAUUCGUUCGACACACCCAAGGGAAUGGAGAUUCUGCUGGAUCUUGUCAGCAAAGCCAACAUCUACGAAAAGAGUCACGAGAAGCGUGCCGAUGUCAACGUGGGUGUCCUCACCGCUGUAGCGCGAUACGUGGGUGACAUGCUCAAGAUGCUCGGUCUUGGCGAAGGGUCCGCCCUCUCAGCGAGCCAAGAGAUCGGCUGGGGUGUUGCGGAGGAAUCCGGUGAAGGCUCGUCAGCCGUCAACAAGGAAGAGCUUCUCAUGCCCUACCUGCGCGCACUCAGCACCUUCCGCGAUGCAGUACGAAACCUCGCACGCAGCAACGCACCCGCUUCCGAAUACCUCAAGCUGUCGGAUGCCCUGCGCGACAACGACCUCGUCGACCUCGGCAUCUCGCUCGAAGACACCGAAGACGGUCAGGCGCUCGUCAAGCUCGUCCCCGCAGCUCAGUUGCAAGCUGCCAGACGUGAGAAGGAAGCUGCUGCAGCGGAAAAGGCGGCGAGAAAGGCUCAGGCCGCCGAACAGGCGAGGUUGAAGAGGCUGGAGAAUUUGGAAAAGGGUAGAGUCGCUCCGGAUCAGCUGUUCAGGACCGAGGAGUACAGCGAGUGGGACGAGAGAGGAUUGCCGGUGAAGGACAAGGAGGGUGCCGAGUUGGCAAAGAAGAGGAGGAAGAACUUGGAAAAGGACUUUGAGAAGCAGACAAAGUUGCACAAGGACUUCUUGGACGCCAAGGAGAAGGGCGAAAUUCAGUGA